CCCUACUUAAGCGGAUCCAUUGGAAUUACAUUUUUUGAGUGACUAGUCAGAGGCCCUCCCCCCCCCUCACACACACACACACACACGCACACACACGCACACACACAUACAGUCAUUUUUUGCCUUACACGAUGUACAUUCUUAAAGGUGCCCUGAUGUUUCUGUUUCUGUUUACAUUCAGUUUUGUUCCUGCACUUCCUUGUAAAACACCUGCAGAGCUGAUUUCUCAAAAACAAGAACAGACACAGUUUACUUUCACUUGCUUGUAGUCUUCCUCUUCCAAGCCUUUGCUGACGCAUUGCUGCAUUUCUUGGCAUAUCCCCAUUACAUUUAGAUUAACAGAAUGGCAUGAAACCUUUGUUAGGAAUGUGUAUCAUGCCACCCUUGUGCAUGCGAGUCAUCUUGUGCGCGCAUGAAACAUAGAAUAACAGUAGCAAAGAAAAGAGUCAAAUCCUGACUCAGAAAUUAGAUGGUAGGAUUGGCACCAUUUCCUAUUAAUAGCCACCGUAAGCUGGUCAUACCAGAUCAAGUGAGGUUAGACCCAUAAAACCUGUUAUACUAUUGAACUGAGAAAGGGUAUAUGUUUUAAUUUUUUGCUUACUAAUUAAGCUCUCUCAAUUUUUAAGAAGGAAAAUGUGUUCUUUCUUAUAAAACUGCACAAAGUUUGCUUUAAAUUUCACUGCCAUUGCCAUUAUACACAACCAUUUCUUUAUUAAAGUAUUUAGUUCACGUAUUGUUCACAAUAUUCAAGUAUAAGUAUAAGUUCAACUAUAAGUUCACAUUAUUCUUCUUUUGAAAAUAAAAAAGUACAUGACAGGCCUCAUGAUUUCUGAAUAAAAUAUUCUCACACUCUCUCUGUAAGUACCUAGUUUACAGGAAACCACUGUGUGACAUCACCCUCCCCAGCCUUCGAGUCACCAGCAAUCAAAAUCUACAUCUCUGUGCACACACUUUAACUUGUAAGAUGACGUAGCUGGAAAUAGACAUUUCAUCACUAUCUGAUGUUUAAACCAUCCAAAAGAGUAUGUAAUGGCUAAAGGAAGGAAGAGGGGAGUUUUGAACUGUCACCAGGGCACUCACUCACACACACACACACACACACACACACACACACACACACACACACACACACACACACACACACACACACACACACACACACACACACACACACACACACACACACACACCCACACCUACUCACAUGCACAUAGUCGCACAACCUAUUACGUAAUAACAUUCUGUCCGUCUUGACUCUAUUAGUUCAGAGUAUUAUCACUAAGGUGGAGCUUGUCACGAGUUUUAUGAGAAGAGAAAGAGAGAACUGCCGCAUGUUUGCUUCUGUGACUGUACACAGCCUGUCCACCAUGGGAAGAACAUAGUAAGUUCAUUUAAUGUUUUUAUUUGCUGUUUAAGUGUAGUUGUUGUUUUUGUAGGAUGGCAUGACCCAAGACUGACUGAUAAUCAAUUUUGGAUUGGUAUAUCUUAAGUAAGAAUCAUUUGUCAAAACUGUUUAAAAAUACAAUAAAUGAACACAACAAAUGCUUUACUGUAGUAAAGACAACAUUAAUGUAAUUUUUGGUUAGCUGUGUUGCGUUUGCCUAAAACAAGCCAUACUACUUUAAAAAAAAUUAUCACCAAAGUGAUACUGAAACCACUUGAUGUAAAUAGACUAUAGAUUAUAUAUAUACUUAUAUAUACUUAUAGAUUAUAUGGAGCUAUUCUGUGAUUCAGUCAAUAGGUUUUUAAAUGCAGUUUUCCAAGAGCUGGGCAGAGAAGAUUCUUAACAUCCUAUAAUUCCUGUUAAUGUCAUUCAUUCUGUUUCUAGUUCAUGUGUUUUAUUGCACUCCAGAUAAUCAGGUGUUUAUGGCAGAGAUCGAAGGUCAGGAGAAUAUGGCACAGCCGUUGACUGUACUCAUGUUGUACUUCAAAAUGGCAGAUGACUGAAGCAAAUAUUUGUUUUACAUUUUGAUAAAAAAAAUACUUGUGCAUGUAAAAUACUUACUUUUUUUUGUCUUUGUCACAUUAUUUUACUUUUUUUAGAUUGACCAAAAUGGCAUCUGAACUGCUGAGGUCGCAAAGGAAACAGUCCAAAACAGCUUUGAUCCAGGAAAGUCAAAGCAAAACUGAACAAAAAGCAACCACAUUUCUACUGGCAAUACAGAGUGAAAUAUUUGGUUGAAUGUUACAAUGGACAGCAACAUGUCUAAUUCAGACAACAAAUACACAAAACUGCGAUGGAUAUUAACCAUUUCUGGAGUUUUGUUGUACAUGGUGGAUAUUUUUAUGGAUGCUGCCGUGGCUCUGAAAUAUUAUCAGGAGAAAAAUUAUGUCUGGUCUGGACUGACUACAGUGUUUAUACUGGUUGGGCUGGUGGUGACGCAGAUCUUCAGUUAUGCCUGGUACAGAGAGGACGUGAAUAAUGUCAUGAUAAAUCCUGAAGGAAGAACAAAAAUAUCAGGCAUGUCCAAAGGUGUACUGACUGUCCUCCAUCUAUUUGGUAUGGGCAUCUUUACCAGGUAUUACCACCUUCUGAAAAAGGGAUUUGAGGUGGUUUGGACUUCAGGGACGGAUGAUCACCACAAGCUGUUUUGCCACGCCACUGAUCUGAGCAUGCUCAAAAUGUUCGAGGCAUUCCUGGAGAGUGUUCCCCAACUCCUUCUACAGCUUUAUAUAGUGCUGGGCCACAAUGAGAGCUCGGUCAUUCAGUAUUUGUGUAUGGCCUUCUCUUUCUUAAAUGCUGCAUGGGCUCUCGUGGAUUACCGCCGCUGCUUGCGUAGAUCCAUCCCUCGUUUCAGGGAGAUGCCCUCUGGCCUCCCCACAGCUGUCUAUCUCCUCUACAAAUUAUGUACCAUCACCAGUCGAAUCCUGAGCUACAGUCUCCUCCUCAUGCUGAGCAUCUACAGCACCAUAGCUCUCACCAUCCUCUGGUUACUGGCGACAAUCUGGACACACACACUUCAAACCGACUUCUGCUCAACCAAAAAGCUUGAGUUUCUCUACCGGGGCGUCGUAGGGGUCAUACUCAUGUUCACCUUUUUCAAUGUCAAAGGGCAGGACACCAAAGUGGCCAUGAUUGUCUAUUACUUUUUUUACACUCUUAUGAACAUUUUGGCUCUGUCACUGUUGGUUUUCUUAAAGCCAGGAUUGCAGAAAGCCACUUUCUUUAUGACAGUAAGCGGUGUGAUCUCUUGGGGUUCAGUGUUGGGACUGGUGAGUCUGGUGCUGUAUUACCUCUACCUGCACCCCAGAGGGAUGUGGCGUGAGGCAGAUGUGGUGGACGGCAUGGGAAGGGAAGCUGUGAUCACUGGGAGGAUAAAGAAAUUCUUACAGCCUUGAUCUAUAAGCCUGGUUAUAAGAGAGCAGAGGGAUAGAUAUGCACUUGCUGUAAAUCUGAAACCUUACAAUUUGAGGAGAAGGUGAAAAAUGCUUUCUUAUAACUGAUACAAAUGGUGCAAUAAGGCUGAAUAUAUCAAUGAUGUAAUAGUUGUAUUUAUUCUUGUUUUAAUAAAAUAUAUAUGAAUGACAUAUAUGCAUUCUAUCUAUAUAAUGUACAUACUUUUUCAUUCAAAUGGUUUUGUGGCUUUGUGUUAUAUAUAGAUAUUUAUGUCAUGUACAAAGGUUACAAU